UACAAUACCCCGAAUCGCGUGAGAGAGAGUACGCGGUGUUCUCGUCCAUGGAACGUCGUCUCGUUCGCGAAGGCCACCCCCGACGGCACUGGCUACGAUUCACUCCGCGGUGGCAAGAGAGACGCAGCAACAACACGCGACACUUGGGAACCCGAGGAGUGAGACAAAGAGAAAUAGAGCGUGCGCAACUUGCCAACAGACUGUCUCACCAUCAACCCUCGAGAUCAUUCAAGACACUUUUACAAGAAUAACCAUCCACCCCAUAUCAAGCCAAGUCGCAAUAACAACAGGAGUUGGAUUUUUUUGAUUAAUAAAAAUUGAUCGAAAUGUCACGUCUUCGGGGGAAUUAAUUGGUGAGGAGGAUCAGGGGGUUGUUCGAGGAUCUGUUGGCUUUUGGAGCCGUGGGAACAUAUGUGCCAGUUAAAGGGACACAGACAUGCCUAGCAGAGCCCCACGAUGAUUUGCGGUAUCGGAUUUACUCGUUCUUCCUGGAGCUGGAAUAGACACUGACGAUAUGGACACAGUAUGGCUUCAGUACUGUGGCAUGCCUCUGGGAGUAGUUUCGUCUCACCUGCUAUCAUCAUCCUGUUGUUACUCUACCCACAUUCAAUCGCAGGCCGCGAGGUAAUUGAUGUGCCACUGCCACAGCAAGACUACGUACCAUCCCUACCGCCACCACCACCACCACCGGGACCCAUCACCACUGCCAAAACACCAAGGUGCGACCAAACAUUCGUCAGUAUACCUGGUGGAUCGCAGAAUGGCACGUUUCACGCGCCAGCUCUGAUCAAUCCAGAAGGUGAAUCCCAGCAGUGUGUCUACACUUUUCUCGCUGCACCACAUCAACGGGUCGAGGUUGUUUUCACUUCGUUCGGACUUCGUGGCACUCCUCCAGAUGGAGCUGCUGUUGGGGAAUUACCUGCAUGUUUUCACGAAUACAUGGAUGUAUACACGGAGAUACGCUCAGACAAUGCCACCAAGCUGAUAGAGACACCCUUCGGUGGUCGUUACUGCGGUCCAAUACCACCGAGACGACGGGUAUCCCUUUAUCAGGGAAUUGCCCUCAGUUUCUACACGGAUAAGAAUAUAACGCAAUCGACUCUCUUCAGUGGCAUUUAUUCAUUCAUCAAUGCCUCUGAAUACGAAGUCGGUACACCAGCACCAAGCACACCAUGCUCGUUCGUGGUGAACUCCACCAUAAAGCGUACCGGGACAAUCCUAUCGCCAACCUAUCCUGGAACUUAUCCAAAAGAUCUCGCGUGCACCUACAAAUUCAUGGGUAACAGUGGCCAGAGGGUGAGGCUCGAGUUUCGGGAUUUCGAUCUCUUCUUUGGAGGUCCACACUGCCCUUUUGAUUACGUUAAGGUGUUUGAUGGACUGAAUGAAUCAGCACCAGUAAUUGGAACUUAUUGCGGUCAACAGCGUAAUCUUGUACUUUACUCAUCACAGGCGAAUCUCACUGUGCUCUUUGUAACACUUCAGCGCACGGCAAAUACCCAAAAUCGUGGCUUCAAAGGGAUCUUUGAGUUCUCGGAGAGUUUUGUUAAAUUAGAUUUCAUAAACAAUUCAGGGGGAAUGCACAUACGAGGAUCCGAGUGUGAUCAGAAAAUACUGAGUAUGAAGGAGUCUUCGGGCCUUGUCGUCAGUCCCAAUUAUCCUUAUCCUUACAUACCGAAGGUCGUUUGUCGUUACUUCAUUUAUGGAAUGCAGGACUCACAGCAUCUUGAACGUGUCAGGCUUGAUUUCCAGUGUUUUGACAUCACGAAAGGCGAGGCUAAGGGAGAUUCAGCUUGUACAGACGGUUACCUGAAGAUCUACUUGAAAGGCCAGGAAGCGACAGACUCAUACGACAAAUUCGAUUACGAGAUGUGCGGCAAUGAAAGCAAUCCGAGCCAAGUAGUUAGUGAUGGACCGCGACUCGUUAUGGUAUUCAGCAGUGGUGAGUCCAAGCAGGGUCUUGGUUUCAAAGCAAAAUACAGUUUCGAAACAGAAUACAAGAUCCCAGGCACAGCAGCACCUGAUGGCAGUUGCACAUUCACGUAUCGCAGUUCAUCACGUAAAAAGGGAGAAUUUAAUUCUCCGAGAUAUCCGAGCAAUUAUCCAAGUGAUACUAAUUGCACUUAUCUAUUUUUGGCAACGCCAAACGAACAAGUUACCCUCGUGUUUGAUCAUUUCAAGGUCCGAACGAGAAACGUUAAUUUAACUGUUGGAUAUUAUGGGGAGGAAGUGUGUCAGGACGAUUGGUUGGAAAUAUACAAUAUGUAUCGCGAUAACACUGAAAAAUUGAUCGGGCGUUAUUGCUGGAUGACAGCGCCAGGUCCAGUGGAAUCAAAUAUCGGAGCUCUGGGGCUCAAAGUUAUACUUCACUCAGACUCGGAACUUGUUUAUAGUGGCUUCAAGGCGCGCUACACUUUCGAAGUUACGAAAUCAUUAUUCGGAGAUUGUGGGGCGAAUAUCAGCAGCCUCGACUAUGGCUUGAUAACGAGCCCAAAUUUUCCGGAUAAAUACGAUGGACCACUUAAAAACAUGGCGAGUAAAACGUGCAAUUGGUUCAUCAGUGUACGUCCCAAUCACAGGAUACUCUUGAAUUUCGAGUUGUUCUCUGUCGAGGGCGAGCAGUCUGUUUUAUAUCGUCCGACAAAGCCGUGGGCCAACUCGGUUUUCGGGCUGUCUGGACCGAGGUAUCUCUUGCCCCAGAAUGCGAACCCGAUGAAUUUUACUGCGGAAAAAGUAAAUACUGCAUUGCCGAAACACUACGUUGCAAUAAUAUCGAUAACUGCGGCCCUGAAGAUGGGUCCGACGAGGACAACUGUACAGCAUCAGCCCCACUGGCACCAGCACUGGCUGGACUCUCUGACAUGCUUCCUCUCUGUCUGUGCUUUGUGUUCGUCACCAUCUGAGGCCUUCCUGCGCCUUCCAACUGACUUCUAUCACGAACAAAUCUUCUUCUUUGAAUCACGUACAACAAUAGUGCCACCAGUGAGCUACGCUAUUCCAGCAGCUGGUGCAGCAGCAGCUGUCAUUCUAGCUCUGCUGAUCUGUCUUCUGUGUCAUCGUAAACUGAAACGUCGUGCUCAGGAGGUGCACAUAGAUGAUAUGCAACAACGAGUUGAGGAUGUCCGUUACUGCUAUCGUCAUCACAGUUUAUCCCAACGUACAUCGAGUAUGCAAAGCCAUGGACACAGUCAGAAUUACACGGAUCAGUAUCAUUUGGAUCAGCCAAGUCCACCGAGUGACAGUGAGCACGUAUGCGGUGAAGAUAUCAGUAGCCCUGAAAGCCCGUGACCAUUGUGCUUCAUCAUUAAGUGCAUUGAUGACUGGAGAAUUCACUGGUUCAUUGACAUUGCUCACAGAAUCUCCGAUAAAGUGAUUAAAUGAGUGAUAUGAGGGGAUUUAUCGAUUUGAGGGACUUCAGGAGAACCGAUGCAGUGAGUUUACGUAUCACUGUCGUCUCCAGAGUCUUUGUACAUUCCUUCAGAUCAUCCCUGACCAUCUCCACAUCUCACUCAUUGAUUGAGAGGCCACAGGGGUUGAACACUUGCGCUGAGAAUUCUCCGGCAAAAGGGGAUGGAAAAAUACAUCAGAUGAGGGAAGAGUUUUGUUCAUUUUUUAUUCGUCGGGUGGAACAAGCUGAGCGUCGUUUGAAGAUAAUGAAUGACUUUUUGAGAACCAAAAGCUCGAGAUGACAUUUCAGGUAAGAACCAUCUUGCUUGGAACUAUCAAGAAAUUAUUAUCAAGACUCGAGGCUUUCAUUGAACAGUUUGAAUCUGAUGUGUGGAUUUUAUAAAUUUCUUCGUGCCCGUUUGCUGGAGAAUUCUUCGCUCAAUGUCUUCCUCACACUUCAGUAUUUUUUUUCACUUCGAACGGUCCCUCAGCGACAUUGUGAACACACAUCAGCUCUCAUCAUCGACGCCUAUGAACGAAAAUUGAGUAAUUUGUUGUUAUUGUUGUUUGUUGUUGAUGAAAAACGCGACGAAAAUUGAUGGGGGAAAAAAUGUUUUGGCAACUGAUUCGGUGCCACUUUGUGAAUAAUUAAAGGAGGUUUUGCACACCUGGGCACUUGGACUUUGCCAAUACUUCGUAUGAUAAAAGAUAUAAUGGUAUUUAAGGUCGAUAUGACAAUGAAAGAGUCCAGAUGUGGAAAACAGUCCAAUUAAAUAGACACAAGUCUGUUUCAAUUGUCAUUGCCAAGUGGGUAAUCAUAGCCCGGAGAUUAUUCACUCGUCAUUUGAGUAACAGGGGAGUCCCAAUGGGACAAAGGCAACUUCGCGUACCCCGAGAGGAUGUAAAGACAUUUUGCAUAAUUCUUGUAUGUCUGUACAUACAUAUACGUAUUAUUACAUAUAUGUGAUACAUAGUAUAGAUAAUUGGCACGCAAUUUAACGAAAAAUCAUUAGACGAUCAUUCGGAUUUUCCAUUGUCGAAGAUAAAAAGAAAUAAAAAAGGAUUUAUGAAACCAAAUAUUGUUAACAUCGAAAAUAAGGGGAAUACUUUUUGAUGAGAAAAUUCACGUGAUUUAUCUGUAGAUGAUUGCAUAAUUUUUGUAAUUAAUAAAUGAUAUAAGGAGGAGAGGGAGGAACAUUGUAGGCUGGUACCUGCGUGUCAUUCAAAGAAAUAAAACGCGUCAACUCAAUCUUUUUUAUUGUGAUGAUAAUGGUGAACGCGAUAUAUUUUGCAAUUACAACGAAAAAUACUGUUCAAAAUAAAAAAAUGCGAUUAACGUAAAAAACUUACAGUCUAUUUUGCAUUGAAAACACGUGACUUUUUUCAUCGCGCGUUGCGCUUGUAAUGGAGGGGCUAUUGUUUUAAUGAAAAGGGUGUAAAACCGGAGAUUAAUGUUAAGGGUCGAGAGAUUUUCUUUUUAUUGGAUUUGAAGGAUUUUUGGGGGUAAGUGGAAUAAAGAGGUAAUUUUUACCGGAUAAUUGUCAGUUUCAGGAGUGGGUGUGCCCCUUCUCGAACGCUAUCGAGAUAUUUUUUAUUUUGUCAUUUGCAAAACUGAAAUCAAAUUGAUUUCACAGAAAAAUCUGGUGAGUUCGUUAGAAAACUCUAUUGGAAUUCUAUUAGAAACUCUGUAGCAAUUUUUUUAUUUCAUUUUUCGUAAAAAACAGACGUUUAAUAAAAAUAUGGUAGAAUUGUUUAUUAACAUCGCCAGAUUUUUUUGUGAAGUUCUCUCAUGGAACUCGACUCUUUAUUUUAUCUAUUUCUCCGGAUCAAUAAGUUCACGAGACUUAGAGUGGGAGUUUAUGACGUAAUAAUAGCAUCAGGAGAUAAACGAAAGAAGUUACUGGGGCAGUUUCAAUAGCAUAGAAUUUGAUAGUCUGCUACGAUUUGUAUAGGUAAACAGGGUCCAUUCGUCGGAUCUGGACAUUCACUAGGUAAUCAUCGCGAUGCCUGAGUUUAUAGAUUUUUCGUAAACAAGAGAGAUUUAUAAAUAAAAAAUUGUAAUCACGAAAAUUGUGGAAUGAAAAUGGAGGACAAACUAUUUUAUUGAAACUUCAUCUGCGCGAGUCUCACGUUGAUACGAGGGAGUCAUGUCUUCUUCAUAAAAAUAUUUAAAUCAAAUAUUUAUUAUCAUUCGCGUUGAUAAAAUAACCGUGGAAAAUUGCAAAGAAAAAUUCAGGGAAAAAUCAUCGUCUGUCUGUAAAAAAAAAUUAUUAUUAUUGCAGUCGAGAAUUUGUGAACCCAGAUAAGUUGACUUAUCACUGAGUUGAGGUUUUCGAACGAUAUCUCGGAACCUAAACGAGAUAGCGGAAUUUCCGUAAUAACAUUUAUUGUAGUACUCCAUUCCUUCCACAAAAAAGGUUCUGAUAAAAAUUUUGCUAUCUUCCUUAGAUUCCCCGCUUUUCGCUGAUAAAUAUUUCAGUCCAAUGGUCUCCACAGAAAACCAUAAUUUUCCCUGUGAUUAAUUCUUCGUUCUUCCCAUUAACAUUUAAUCAAUCGAAUUAAACAGCCCUUCAUAAUUACUUUCAUAAUUUCCAAUACUGAACUGCCAUUGAUUUCACUUAAUCACCCCUUCAUCCCCCGAAAUAUCACAAAAAUCAGCGGGAAAAAAAAACGAAUGAACGAUGCAAAUUGAUUGCCAAUCUUCCAAAUUCUAAAGACAGAGAGGGCAGUAUGUACUGAUAAGAAACUAUUGAAGAAAAACUAAUAAUACCAAAAUGAAUAAAAGAAAAAAAACAUUGAUAAACGAUUAUUAUUGUAACGAUAUCCACAAGUAUAUGUAUAUUUCAGAUUAAUCGCUGCCAUUGGAGCUAUACCAAAGUAUAUUCUAAACUAUGAUAAAUAAAUUUAAAUAAUUGUACCAUCGACAUUAUGCACUGGAUAAGAAAGAGACAUAGUUGUGUGGAGAAUUUAAAAAAAAAAUGAACUAUUGAGUAGAAAAAGAAGUGUAAACAUACUAUUUGAAUUAACUGGUGUUUUCUGCCCACAUGUUUGAAUACAAGAGCUAUCAAACGCCUGAGUUUUUUCCAAUAUAGUGUGUGACGAGUGAAAGAUUAAUGGUAAUAGAUUAAACAAUAUGACAAGAAAUUAUUGAAUUAAUUAUUGAUGAAUAUAACAGAAAGCUGAACUCCGUUGCUCAUCGCAUUUAAACAUUUUUCUUAAGCGCAAGUUUUCACAUUUUAUAGUGUAAUUAAAAAAAUGAAAAAAUGCAAAAAGGUGAAUUUGAAAAUAUAUACAUACAUUAAUUAAGUAAUAAAUCGAUUAAUAAAUGCUGAAAGAAUAGGUAAUUAAUAUAAAUAUAGCUACAAGCAGUAUGUCAAGUAAGACUUAUUGAUUGAUAUAUCGAACGACUGUGUUCAAUUCACUUUUUUUUUUCGCUGAAUGGGAGAUUAAAUACAAUAAUGUGAUAAUCAUACUGACGCAUUGAAGGGGGGGAGGAGAAAUGCUUUGAAAUUAUCACAUGGGCCGUUUCAUUCCCGGGAAUCUGUGCGAAUUAGUUUGGAAGAAAAAUCUAGGGUUUGAAGGGUUUUCCGGGAAUAUCUCCGGAAAUAAGAGAAAUAGGAAAAAUUUUCAUAAUCCAUUUUCGUAGAGGUAAUUAAGAGCUACGAAAAAUGUUAUUAGAAAUAAUUCACUAUCUCCUUUAGUUUUGGAGAUAUUUGAGAAAAACCCACGAGAAACAAUUCACCUCGUUUUGCUUCACUACAGAAUCCUCUUGAAUUAUUUAAUUUAAUAAGCAGAUAUAUUUUUAUUAGUAAUUUUCUUUCAUGAAAGUUCGGUUUAUGCUUAAAAUUUCUUAAUAAAAAGCCGCAACAGAAUUAAUCUUUUAUCGAAAUCAGUGACUUUUGAUUUUCUCUGUGAGAAUAUAUUCAGUUAAAACACUAGAUUUUUUCUAUUAAACUUUUUCGUGGGGACAUUCUAACGGAAUUUGAAUCAUGUUCAUUAAAAAAUAAAUAAUUUGGAACGGAGUUUAACUAAAUGGUGCAUUCGCUGGGAAUUAUACGUACACAUUCCUCGUAAACAGUGGAUAAAGCAAAAAUAGUACUCACUACGAUUUAUGGGCCAAUGGGUUUUUGGGGGAGAACGCGGGAAUGUUAUUAUAAAUAAAUAUAAAUAUAUAUUAUAUAUGAAACUAGGGAUAAGUAAACGGAGGAGGUGUGAAUGGUUGUGUGUGUACAUUAGGAAAAAUGAGAAUUAAAAUGAAAUUUGUAUAGAGCUUUGGUAGCCGGUGGAAAACCGACUAGGCAAAACAGAAAACUUAAUGACGAAUGAAUUUUUCUCUUGUCUUUAUUUAUUUUUAAUCUCAAAAUUUCGAUUUCGUUUUAUUGUCGAUGAGACAGGGUCGAACAUGUGAAGGAAAUUCAUCAUUAAGUUCGUUGGCAUUUAAUAUCUCGUUGGUAUUCGCGAAUGUGUCGUUGUGAGAGGGUGAAAGAAUUUUAUUAAUUGUAAAUAAGAGAUGGAAGAAUAAAAAUUCAGUGCGAUAACAAUUGAUUAGCACUUUGAUCCUGUCCUACGUUACUGAAAUAGAGAUUUUGUUUUAUCAUUUCAAAAUUAUUUAUUUCCAAAAUAAGAAAAGUUUUUAAUUCCAUUUAAUUACUAACUAUUUACUUUUGUUACAAUUGAACAUGGAAUACACCAGUGAUUAUCAUUCACCAGAAAAAUUUGAUAAUUCGUAAAAUAUUGUGCGCAUUUACGUACACGCGGCUAUAAUUAAUAAGCUUGAGUCGUCCUAGUCCAAUAGAAUAUAUUAUGAUUUUCGUUUUUUAUUGUUGUUUCUCUCGGCGUACAAAUAAUCGCGGGGAAAAUACAACAAAUGGACAAUUUUCAUUUGAUUAGUCGAUUAUUUUGGUCGACGCAAAAUGCAUUCGACAAUCACCGCUUUGUCAACUUCAGGCCAUUAUUUUUGAGCGAAUUGUCAGCAUCACAUUUUUUCGAUUCAUUCGGCUUGCUCAUGGGUAGUAUGUUAAUUAAAUUAUUGAUGUACAAAUCGACAGGAUUCGAUUCCUGAUCGAAUGUGGAAAAACAAUGCUCAUGAAUAAAAAAUAUGUCAGUAGCAAAGUGCUAAAACGAGAUAAGUUAAUUUCCACAUAUUCCCCUGAAACAGAUCAAUAAUCAAAAGCGACUUAUCUCGUUUUGCCAAUUCGCUGGUGAUAUCGUAAUCGAUUUAGGAAUUUUUAAUUCAUGAAGAGAUAAAAAUAUUCAUUUUUUAAAUAAUUAUCAAAACAUUCGAAAGACUGGACAUUCACUAUUCAUCGAUUUCAUCAUCCAAACGAAUUUCAAGUGUUGAUAUCAUGGAAUGCGUGAACGAUUCAAUAAAUAAAUAGAAAUAAUUUAAUGCCUUUAGAGUCAAUUAGACCAUCUUUGUACCUGACAAAAGAGUAAUAAUAUUUACACACUUGAUCGAUGCUUUUUCAAAGACAAAAUUCAGUGAAAUUUUUACAUUAUUACAAUUUUCCAAUAAAAACUUCUCACUUAGAGUCUUCAUCAGUCUUAUCCUCAGUGCUCUACAUUUAUUAUUAUUUCUCAUUUCGAAAAUUUUUAUCUUGUUCUUAAUCUCUUUUACGUUACUGUAAGGUACAUCAUACUCAAACACCGGGAUUUUAAAAAUUAUUAAAAACAAAUGGCAAUAGAAAGUGGAUUAAAUUCAAUAAUUAAAAGCGAUAGCUAAACAGCUAUUAUCAAUAAAUUCACUAUCGACUGACUAAAUAAAAUUCUCUAUCAGAAGAAAUAAAUUGUACUAUAAACAAAUGUUCCAUGCCUGAAACAUUUUCACGGAUUGUUUUCUCUCAUUUUUAAAAUAAUUCCAUAUUGAAUAAUUGAAGAUCGAGUUUCCACGCAAAUGAAAAAAAUCAACAGCAAUUACCCGAUAACAAUUAUUGCGUUCCAAAGCGCAUAAAAAAUUGAACAAAAAAUUAAUUAUAUUUUCCAGUUAUUUUUACUGAACGGAGUUCUUCGAGAGGACGAAAACGAGGCAAAUUAACUUCUCUCCAACUUUGUUAUACGAUAAAUAUUUCAAGAACAACAGGAAAUGGCGGAAUUUUUGUUCAGACCUUUUUUGUAACAAAAAACAAGUUCUACAAAAAAGUCUCAACAAAAAAUUCUUCAUCGCCUCUAGAUUCCCCCACAUUUCCUAAAAACCAAGACUGGAAGUAAGUUAAAGUUCCCCAUUCACACAUUUCACCCCAGAACUCCAAACCCCUAUAUAAAUUACGGGAAACAAUCUAUAAAACCGUCAACCCCUUCAGACCUGUACAUAUUGUUCGUCAUCAGUGUCAUUACACUCUCCAUCAUUUUGAAUCCUCUCAUAAUUGCCCCCCGCCCUGUUAACCUUCUCAUACCCCCCAGCUUCCUUUCCUUUCGCAUCAACCCGUUCAUACGGUGGCUCCAGUCCCUCCCCCAGAUACCUAACACUCUCAUAAUUAGGAUCAGAAUUAUUCACCGAUUCAUAAUUAGGAUCAGUAUCGCUAUCAGCUCUGCAAACAGACGCAUAAUUAGGCUCAACUUCAUGUGGCAUGCUCUCAUAAUUAGGUUCAGAAUCCAUAUCAUCAUCAUUUCUCCUCCUAACCCUGACCCUCUCAUACCCAGGAUCCUCCGAGCUGGCAUUGCUCACCUGUCGAUGCUUGAAAGGUACCGAAUAAAACGGUAAAACGUCAACUCCAUUUCUCACAGCACUUCCCUCAUCACGAAGACUCUGAGGCCUCAGCAUUUCAUAAUUAGGAUCAUCAGACUGGCCCACAGCAUUUCCCUGGGAUCCCCUAAUCAUCGUAAGGUCUUCGAAGCUGUACUCAGACGUCGUAUCGAGUUCAUAAAUCCUCGCGACCUUGGCAAACUCCAAGGAAUCCAUGUUGAAGCCCUCAGGAGGAACACUAGAUCCUCCAGCCACCUCAGGUUCUUUUUUCAGAAUCUCCACAGAGUCAUGACUCGACCAGGAUGCCCUACUCACCUCCAUAACACUCUGCUUCUUAUUCCCCUCUGAAGUCUCAUCUGAGUCUCUCUUCUUCUUCAUGACCUUGGCGUACAUAUCCUCGAGGGACUUCCCCGUGGCUUCCACCUGCUUAGGGACCUCCUCACCCCUCCCAGACUUGUCAAUCAGGGCGUAGACAUCUGUGACUUCCUCCGUGGGAAGGGGGGGUGGUGGUGGUGGUAAUGGUGAAUUUGCCUGUCGUUUUUCUGGCUUUGGGGAGCCAGGAUUGACGAUUGAACUGGUGGCACUGGAACUCGACGCCUGUCUCGAGUGGGCGUGUGCUACAUACCUCAGGGAAUCGACACUCGGGGGCUGGGGGGCUGGAAAAACAACCGGAUUCUCCUCAUUUCUCGAUGACUGCGGGUGAAUAUUCACCUGAGGAUCGACUAUCGCCCUCUGGGGCUCCAUCAUUGGCUGAAUUUGUGCGUAUGUUUCACUUCCACUCGUGUAGAUCUUCUCCUGCUCGUCAAUCGCUGCGUACAUCUCGUCUGAAUCAUCGGAGACCGUCGCGUAAUGAGAGUCUGAACGAUUUCCUCGAUGUUGAUGUGCCGCUUUUGUCUGGGCUAUUAUGUUGGCGAGGGGUUCACGAACGGAAAUGCUGGUGUAGCCUUUUGAGUCCUGGGAGUCACCACUGAAGUGCUGGGGCGUUGGUUGGGGCUGGGGGAAUCGUGGGAGGUUCAGCAGAGGGGGUGUCAUGUAGGGGAGAUCCUGGUUGGCUUGGACACCACCAGUUAUUGCAUUUGCUGCCUGGAUGUCGGUGCACGGGGUCUCCAGGGACAGGAGGGAGUUGUGGGACGAUGAUCGACGGGUACGUGGGGGCGCUACGGGGUUCGGACCGUUUGAAGAUGGUCCUGGGGAGACUGGAAGUUGAUUCGUCGUCGCUCUCAAACUGAAAAUAAAAUUAUUGUGAUUUGAGAGACUGUUUUUAAAGUGUGUAAAGGAGCUUAUUGUGGAUCGGGAUAAUAGAUUACCUAUUCUGACGAUUCACCUCCGGUUUUGAGACGUUUUGCACUUGGGCGUAAGGAUGUUCGUCUGGAAAAGAACAUAAAUAGAUAGCUAUUUUUUUUUUAACAUUUUCAUUGAAAUUGAGCCCUAAAAAAUUCUGUCAUUUGACUUCAACUGAAAUAAAACGUAACGAAGAUGUUCUGUUUUCUAAUCAAAUCAAAUUCAUAAUUUCACCAAGAUUUUUUACCAUUUGUCGAAGUCAACGUAUUUAGUCUGGCAUAGGGAUACACACUGUCGUCUUCUUGCAAUGACGAAGAUUCUUGGGAACUAGCUCGUGUGCUCCGUUCAUUACUCCUGUUGACGACUGCAGACGAACAAAAAAUUACAAUUGAAAUUUGCAGUUUAAAAGUGAAAUAACAUUUUGAGUUUUACAAAUAAAUUUCAAAACAAACCAUUUUUGUCCUGCACUGUAGCAUACAGCUCCGAGGGGUCUCCCAUGAUCUCCGCAGCCUCGUAAAUAACAUCCUGAGGGGUGGAUUCCAACCCCCCGUCUCCAACACCGACAUUCCGAUCCUUUGGGAUGUCCGGGAGACUUCGAUUCGCUGUGCUCGUUCUAGAAAAAAUCCGUCAGCAUUAAUUAGGGAAUUAUGAAGGGCUCAGGCGCCUGGUACUAGUGUGAAUAAACGUGUGAUGUUCGUGUUAGGGGAAAGGUGAGGUAAAAUGGACCGUCUUGAAUCGUCAACAAUGGAAACCUUCGACAGCCUUCACAAUUAAAUAAUAAAGAAACACAAAAUUGGAAAUAGAAAACUUCAAAUUCAUAAACUUCCAUUCGAGAGGAAAAAUAUUCAUUUUACUCUGUAGAUCUCAAGUCAUUGACGAUUCCAGAGGUUUAGCUCGAAUAGCUUCUCCCCCCGUUGAAAGCAGCCCUCAGAGAUCACCAGAAAAAUUCAAAGAAUUAUUUAACGUUCAUUAGUUGGAAUGUGUCACUCGUGGGUUAUGGGUUAAUAAUUAAUUCAUUGGAAUAUGAAUUAGCGUUAGGGUCAUGCUGCCAUGCCGUUUAUUCGUCGGGCUUGGCACCUUUUUCCAUUGUCAACAGCAUCCAGUGCAACAAUCUGACUGUAAUCCACGGUUGGCUGUCGAUCGAAUAUCUCGUUAUCAGCGCGGGUCAUCGUUACCAUACCCGGAAGACCCAGGAACUCGCUCCUAUAUCCACAACAUUGAUUUUUUGAAAAUAAUUCCUUGGGAGAAUUGUUUUCCUCGAAAAAAUGUUUUAUUCGGUUAGAGAAUUUCAUUAACGAUUAAAACACGAUGGGAUUUUAUGGAUUCGAUGAUGAAUGAGUACAAUGUCCUUUGUAAAUCAGAAAAUAAAUGAAUAAUCGUUUGAUAAGUAAACAUAAGCAAUAGAUUUUAAAAAAA